GCGCCUCAUCAUCACAGCAUCCCGCAGAAGCCAUCAGUGAAGGUCUAGAGCAAUCGAGGUCCUGCAAAAUGAACCCAAUCCGAUCAAUUGGGUCAUCUGUAUUAUCUCAUUCAACCAAACCAUCUAUCCGCUGCCCCACGAUAGCCCGCGCCCUCUCGGUCAUGUCACAGCCACGCUUUUCCCCUGGGACCAACGAAGCUGCUGCAGCAGAGACAGUAUCGGGCUUAGUUACGCCAAUGGGGCUAUGGUCACUCACAAAGGAUGGCCAGGCGCUGGAAAGGACAUUCAAAUUCAAAACUUUUGGCAAGACAUGGGACUUUAUGACAGCCGUAUCGCUGCAGUGCAAGUUGAAGAAUCAUCAUCCUGAAUGGUCAAACGUUUACAACACUACGUUUAUCCGAUGGACAACACACAGCCCAAAGGGCCUGUCUGAAAAGGACAUCACCCUGGCAUCGCUCUGUGAUGCUAUUGCCAAGGACUUUGGCGAACUAGAACCUGAAUCUGGCUCACAGAGUUGCUCAUUAACAGGGUUGGCGGACCAGGUAGUUACAUCGGCGGGGACGGAUUGCUGUACACCAAAGAAGUAAGCGAGGGAAGUGGACUGAAACAACCGACUGUGAGUAGUAUUAAAGUGAUUUUCUAAGAGCGUGUCUAUCUGAAAGAUCAUGCGCGUGUAUUAUAUACAAAAAGUAGUCAAAAGAGCGAGAAACGGAAGCAACGUCUUUCUACUCAUUGGUCGAAUCCCAAAACGCCAGGUGUGCAUGCAAUGCCAUCGACCGCUUCCACGGUCCGUUUUUGUUGUUUCUGUUGGCAAACAGCCGCCGAUGCACCCAAAACACCCAUUGAUAUGAUAUUACUCCAUACGAGUUAUGGAUCGAUUGCGUUCGGUGCGGUCUGCACUGUUCGAGUAAGCAGGCAUUUACUGCUCCUUCUUGGCUGCACGGAUCGCGGCAAGCUUCUUGUCACGGCGGCGCUUGUGAGCCUCAGGGCCGGCCUCAGUGUCCAAGAAGUAGUCCCACCAGCGGAAGCUCGAUGAGUAGUUGCCAAUGAACUUCUCGUGGUGCAUGUCGUGGUGGUCGGCACCAGCCCAGACGGGGAGGAAGUGGCGCAAGCUCCAGGGGAAGUCAAAACCGCUGUGUGCGUCGAUGGCCUGGAAGAGACGGAGGAUGAUCCAAACGUACAUGGUGAUGAGGUGGAGAUCACCAGUGACCUUGAGCAGGAAAAUAGGCGAGCCAACAACACCAAUACCAAGAAGCAUGGUCUCAAUUGGGGAAGCGUACUCGGCGGCAAGACCAAAGGGAGCAGAGUAGGUGUGGUGCAUCUUGUGGAUGGCCUUGUAGAGAGGACCGUAGUGAAGGCAGCGGUGGAACCAGUAGUGCCAGGUAUCCUCCAUGACGAAGAGAAUGGAGAUCUGAAUAGCCAUCUUGAGCAGCGAAGGGAAGGGAACACCGUAAUCCAUGCCGAAGUAGGUGGCGAUAGGGUGGAAGAACCAGAUCUGGGGCAGCUCAGCGGUGAAAUGGCUGAUGAGGACGAUGGCGGCGCAGUCCCACUGCUCCUUGAGAGUAGGAAUCUUCU